UCAACGAACUUUUACCCACGUGCUGCCGAUGCAUGAUAUCAAUGUCCAUGCAAAAAUCAUGUCUGCUUUAAAGGGAAUUAAAAGAAAAAUUGCUCGUGUAGAAGUAUCAUAUAAUUCUGGAAGUGAUGGAGACAUCGAGAGCGAUGAAGAACUUAACACAGGUACCGGUACUAUCUCAAAAAGGAAGAUGAAGGCUUUACCGAUUUCACCCCCAAAACAACAAUCAAAAGAGAAGCUAAAUAAUGACAGUGAAGAAGAUGAUGUUGAGAACGAAGAUGAAGAGAUACCAGGAGGAGGCUGGGCUGAUGCUAUGGCAAGCAUCCUCAGGAAAGAAACACCAGAAGAUGCCUCGGCUGUACUUGCUAAAUCAAAAGACUAUGCUAAAGCAAAGGAAAUAGAGAAGAAGGAAUUCAUGGAAAGAGUAAAAGAGAAACAAAGCAGAAAGAAAUGGGAAAACAUGGCCAAGGUGAUGCCCAAAGUAACUGACAAGGAGUUUGAAAGAUCUCUCCAACGAAUAGCAACAAAAGGUGUUGUGCAGCUUUUCAAUGCAGUGAAGAAGCAACAAAAAACCAGAGAAGAAAGACUCAAAGAAGUCGGAGGUUCAACACGAAAGAGGGCUAAAGUAGAGGCAUCGCUAACAAAAGGCAAUUUCCUGGACAUGUUGAAAGGCACACCGGCCCCUUCAAAAGUAGACCCUUCAUCAAAGAAGAAAGAGAGCAUCACAUCAUCAAAGAAUACAUCAGUUGGGGCCGAGCCAUCAUGGGGAGUGUUGCGAGAUGACUUCAUGCUUGGUGCAGGGAUGAAGGACUGGGAUAAAGAUGAUGAUGAGGAAGAGGAGAGUGAUGAUGACAAUAGAUUAUCAUCAGAAUCAGACUGAUAUAUAUAUAUAUAUACAAUGGAAGAUGGCUUGAUAUGACAUAAGUACGGGCUGCUGUGUAAUUUGACACUGUAUCGAUGCCUUACUUUCAUUGAAUACCGAUGGACGAAAGGUGAUAUAUGAGCCAGAUGCAGACGGGGUAAAACAUCAAACUUGGAUGAAUAUUGAGAGUAUAUCUGGUGCUUUGGAUGGUUCUCCAGUCAGCAUCAGCUGUUAAGAGUAUACAGACAGCUGGUUAUUGAAUCCAUGUAAAGCACAAAAGAUUGAGGAAGUCAAGUCAUCUGUGAGGAGACAGUACUUUCAGCGUGAUACCUGAUUGGACCAUCUUACUUUCAUCUGGUAUCUGACUUUAAGUUUUUGUACUUUCGUUCAUGUACAUAAUCACACCAUAUACCCAUGAUCCCAAAGUAAAAAAAAAAAAGAAGAUCACCUUUAUCGAUGAUGACGAGUACUUCAUUCUCUUACAAAUUUUGAUUAAUGCUUUGUGAAUUUUACUCUACUUAUUUAGAUAUAAAUAUUUUCAGCCCGGACCAUCUCUUUAAUUCUCGUACAAAUUUUGAUUAAUGCCCUAUUGUGUGUAACACUAUACACCAUCCAUUCUCAAUUAGGGCAAUUCCAUGAAAUGAUCAACCCUUUUGUACGUCCGACCCCCAUUUUUCUCAAGUUUUACUUCACUUCAUAAACUGACCAAGUCGUGGUCAUUUGAGAGCAUUACAGACAGUCAAAAGAUCAAGAAAUCAGAGACAGAAAAUUUCAUGAAGGUCCCACAUAUAGGGGGUCGGACGUACAUAUUUUAUGGAAUUGCCCAUGACUUAAAUUGCUGGAGCUCCACAUUUCUUGUUGAGAAUCUGGACUGCUCCAAUAUCCAACACAGGAUUGAUUGAAGUAUUGAGGAGGGGGAUGUUCAUGGUGGGGGUGGGGGGGGGGGGCAAGGGGGCAGAGCUCUACUCUUUUGAAACCUUCCUUGCGUCCUUUAAUUUUACGGCGUACCUGUUCUGCGUUACGCUCGAUACCAUCUUGCAAAUGCUUUUCAGAGAACAGUACCAUUUCUUAUGAUACCAUCCAUCUUCUUGGGCAAGGGGGCAGAGCUCUACUCUUUUGAAACCUUCCUUGAGUCCUUUCAUUUUACGCCAUACCUGUUCUGCGUUACGCUCGAUACCAUCUUGCAAAUGCUUUUCAGAGAACAGUACCAUUUCUUAUGAUACCAUCCAUCUUGUUGAUAUUGUAUUCCUUCCAUAAAGGAAAUCAGACACAAAAUGUCUGCAUCCUCCCAAGCUCUACCUCUAGACGCCAGCACCUGUUGUAGACAUUCGAGUUAACGUAUUGAGCUCGAUAAAGUUGUUGAAUAUUAUUCAGAUUCAAACAUGGUUUGCACUUUGAACCAACAAAAAGAUCAGAGAGAAUUGCAUAAAGGGAUUCCAUGUUGUAAAGACUAAUACAAAUGUUAUCAAUUCAACAGGUUUUGGAUAUAUGGUGUAGCUAAAGGUUUCCCUCACCUUUACCAUGGAUCCUACGAGAAUCCAUGCCUUUACUCCACAUUCAAGAGAAACUGUAUGUGUUGUCUCCAUAUGUGUUGUUGGGUACUUGACACAGGAGACUUGAGUUGGAUGGAUUAUAACUUUGAGUGGACUAUUGGUUUGAUUAAUUCUUGAUGAUGAGAAUAAAUGCUGAAGCAUUCAUGAUACCUUUAAUGUAAUAUCAUAAGCAUAGUUUUGUCUUUUAGACCUAAUACCGAUACAUCUCCAAAUUUUUUUAAAGAUAAAGUUUCAAAAAAGUAUGAUUUCAUCUUGCGCCUUUACUAUUAACACAAUAUAAUAUUCUUGAAGCUUGUUUAACUUUAAUUUUGGUAGACAGCCUUCAAACAACACAGAUACAAAUAUUUAUUCUGAAUUACUUAAAGUCCAAAAUCUUUCUUCUGCUUGUGCUUUAAUUGAAAGUCAUAAAUGUUUAUGUUUCCAUGUUCUUCUUCAAGAGAGUUUUGUAGUUCCACAAGAACCACCACUGCUGUUUUAUCAUGGGGCAUGUAAUCACUGAUGAUGAAGUGAUUUUAUUUUCCCCUAGGAACACAUUACUGAUGUGUAGAGAGUUAUUUGUGCCUGAUUCCAAUGGUUGGACUGGACUUCGUCUUGACUGAAGCGUGUAAUUCUCUUGGCAUGCUUCUUCUGUUUGGCAGGAGUAGCGCCGUAAACAUCAAUCCAAACUGUCUUGUUUGUGCAUGUUUUUUCUGAGUCCAAUUAUGCUCGCGCUCGAGUUAAGAGCCAGGACAAGCAUUUACUUUCACAUCUCCAAGUGAUCACAUCCUCACAUGGGAAUGGCAUUCGACAUAUAAAUUAGAAAUACAAGGAUUAUUAAGCCCUUCUGGCAUGUGUAGAAUAGCUAAGGUUGCGGGAUGGACAAAGAGCAUUAAGAUCCUUUAACCCUGUGUGACAAAGAUCAUUGACAGUUAAAUGAUAUUUCAUUAAGGGCAAGAAAUAUUGGGCAUACGUCUUAAGUUUAUACUCUGGCCGUACUUGUAACGCAUCUGUGUUAUAAAAUCCUUUCAUAAGGAUGUCCUUCAAAUCGUUCACUGAUAUAGAAGUGUUUUGAGAAGAAAUCAGUGAAUUGAGAAAUUUAAAUCUAUCAUCUGAAUCACCAAUCUUGCUCACAUAGUGUAGCUUUAACAUCCUGUGGCCUGAUGGGUCUACGAUCAAAACGAAAUUCAAUCUCACUAGCUGUUCUUGUCACCCAAUCUAAGUCGCGUUCAUCAAUGGUGGGUGGCUCCGCGUCAUAUUUUGAUGAAAAGUGUUCAUUUGUGGUGUCAAAGGAGUAACGGAAAGGGUCCGGGUUCCUGAGUAGAGAGUGCCAUUGACUGCGUUCUUGCUAAAACUCCAAAAUUCUUUCUGAAGCGUGAUUCCUCGUGUUUUGUUGAUCGUUCUCUCAUCUUUGUAGAAUGAAUCCUGCGUAGGUGGUUGUAAGUGUGAAGCGCAUUGUAGAUUUUCGAUCUGCCAUCGGGGGUUGAAUUUUCGCCAAAGGCCUUCCGGAGAGAGUUUUUAUUUUUUUCUCAUUUGAUCCAGGGAUUUGUUUGGUUGUCUCCGAAAUCCUUGUUGGUCGGCUGAUUCAUUCGUAGAAUUAAAGAGUGGAUUGGAUAUCAAGAAGUCCUGCAUGAUGACACCAAGACAGUCACCUGCUUGGUUGGGAAGUAUCGCACCAUUUGCAAGAUCAUGGUGAAGGGAAUGGAGGGCUCCGGUAUACACCGGGGACACCCGGCAGAAACUUGCGUAAAACAUCCACAGCCAUGAUGAAGUUUUGAUGAUAAAUGCACUAACAUACAUUGACUGGUGUUUCACAGCUCAGUUUAACCUCAUGGUCCGUAUUCUGAAGUCAGGUUUAACUUAGACCAUGGUCUAACUCUGUGCUAAAAUUAUGGGACGCCAAAAGUGUCAAAAUUUUUAUUAAGUUGUAUGUUUCUUAUGUUUACUGUGCGCUUUCAUGAUUCAUCUUUGGUGAAGACAAUCGUGUAUUUAUACUUCCUAGACAAUUAUGAAUGAUUUGAGAGCCAAAUGUAACAUUUGGCUAUCCAUACUUAAACCACAACUUUAAACCUGAGUUUAAGUUGAACCCGACUUCAGAAUACGGGCCCAUGUGUCUGUAGUUCAAUUCUUUCAGGCUCAGUUCUACCCCUUCAUUGAUUUGUUGAUAGUCGUCGACUUGUUAAAUUAUGCAGUAAAGUCGUGAGCACCCUCUUGAGAACAAGUACUCUUUAAGGCGAGCAUGAUUUACGCAAGUUCAAAUUCAGUUUUCUUACUUUGUUUCUUACCUGUGUCUUUUCUUUGCCUUUUUUCCUUUUUUUGGUUUACCUUUCCUUUUUGUGUGCCCCCCCCCCCCACUGAAGUAGUGCCCAUGGCACAUGCCCUCCCUUCCCCACUUAGAUAUGCCAAUGGGUGAAGCCAGUGAUUAUUCAAUUAUCACAACAAGCUUGACAAUAAUAAUUUAAUAUUCACAAUUGAUAUUCACAAGCCAUUCAAAAAAAUAUAUCACACUUGAUUGUCGCUCACUACUGUAACAGUUCUCAAUAUUCAACGAAAAGACCAAAAUUGAUUCACAAAGCCUCAACUCAAGGCUCAGGGAAAAUCCCUAUUAAAAAGAAACUUGAAUACCAUGACAUGUAUUUUCGCUUAUGCUGCACACAUGCCUUAUGAAGUAAGAAUUAAAUGUAUUUUUUCUUUCAAAGAAAAAGUUCUAUAUUUUUCACAUUUUAACAGAAUUGUUAAAUGUACGUUGGAAAGAAGAGAAUGAAUACGAUGCUAAAAAAUUUUUUCUUGUGAAAGUUCCAUGAAUGUUAUAGGAUCCUAUUUCCAUAUGUAACUCUUGAAAAUUAAAUCUUAAGGGUUUCUGUUGAAAAGUUAUUGUUUGUAUUUUAAUGAGAAUGGCAGAAUACAGGUUAGCAAUUGUAAAAUUGCGAAUAAAUGUUUCGGAAACAUAAA